GCUGCGGAGGGCCGCUCAGGCGGGCGCUUCCAUCCUGGUAUUUCGGAGCCUCCAUCCUGGUUUCUCAAGUGCCCGGACCCAAAACAGGAAAUUUGAGUAUGAGCACAGUUGAAGAAGAGUCUGACACAGUGACAGUAGAAACCGUGAAUUCUGUGACUUUGACCCAAGACACUGAAGGGAACCUUAUUCUUCACUGCCCUCAGGAUGAGGCAGAUGAAGUAGACUCUGAAGACAGCACCGAACCUCCACACAAAAGGCUUUGCUUAUCGUCCGAAGAUGACCAGAGUAUGGACGACACCACUCCAUGCAUUUCUGUUGUUGCGGUUCCAAUUUCAGAAAGUGACCAGAGCUUUGAGGUGACUAUGACUGCUACCACUGAGGUAGCUGACAGUGAGGUUAACGAAGGAACGGUUACUCAGAUCCAGAUUCUUCAGAAUGAACAACUGGAUGAAAUCUCUUCUCUAAGCAAUGAAGAAGUGUCAGCAGUUAGCCAGGCCUGGUUUACAACCAAAGAGGAUAAGGAUUCUUUAACAAACAAAGGCCAUAAAUGGAAGCAGGGAAUGUGGUCGAAAGAAGAAAUCGAUAUUUUGAUGAGCAACAUUGAACGUUACUUAAAGGCACGUGGAAUAAAAGAUGCUACUGAAAUCAUCUUUGAGAUGUCAAAAGAUGAAAGGAAAGAUUUCUACAGGACCAUUGCAUGGGGUCUGAACCGGCCUCUCUUUGCUGUUUAUAGACGAGUCCUUCGCAUGUAUGAUGACCGAAACCACGUUGGCAAGUACACUCCAGACGAAAUUGAAAAGCUCAAGGAGCUAAGAAUAAAGCAUGGAAAUGACUGGGCAACUAUAGGAGCUGCCCUUGGCAGAAGUGCUUCUUCAGUAAAAGAUAGAUGCAGACUGAUGAAGGACACCUGCAAUACGGGGAAAUGGACAGAAGAAGAGGAAAAGAGAUUAGCAGAAGUGGUCCACGAAUUAACUAGCACGGAACCUGGUGACAUUGUCACACAAGGUGUCUCUUGGGCUGCUGUGGCAGAACGAGUAGGAACGCGGUCCGAAAAGCAGUGCCGCUCCAAAUGGCUCAACUACCUAAACUGGAAACAGAGUGGAGGCACUGAGUGGACGAAGGAAGAUGAAAUAAACCUGAUCCUUAGAAUAGCAGAGCUAGAAGUCUCUGAUGAGAAUGAUAUCAAUUGGGACCUGCUGGCGGAAGGCUGGACCAGCGUGCGCUCACCGCAAUGGCUCCGCAGCAAAUGGUGGACGAUCAAGAGGCAGAUUGCAAACCACAAAGAGGUUUCAUUUCCUGUUCUUAUAAAAGGUCUAAAACAGCUUCAUGAAAGCCAAAAAAACGCUCCAGGGCACCAGCUUUCAGAGAAUAAAUCUUUACCUGGGUUGCCAAACGCUCAUUCCGGUUCUGGGGUUCAACACGUUCAGAUUCGAGUGGCACGCUUGGAUGAGAAUUCGGGCAACUCUCCCGGCCCCAUGGCAGCUUUACAGAUUCCAGUCCAGAUUACUCACGUCUCUUCUGCUGAUUCCCCUGCUGCUUCUGUUGACUCUGAGACUAUAACGCUAAAUAGUGGAACGCUGCAGACCUUUGAGAUUCUGCCAUCUUUCCAUCUACAGCCUACGGGAACUCCAGGCACGUAUUUACUCCAGACGAGCUCGAGCCAGGGUCUGCCUUUGACGCUGACCGCCAGUCCAACCGUAACCCUAACAGCUGCCGCUGCACCAGCCUCACCAGACCAGAUCAUUGUCCACGCCUUAUCCCCGGAGCACUUGCUGAAUACAAGUGACAACGUCACAGUACAGUGUCACGCACCAAGUGUCAUAAUUCGCACUGUUGCAGCAGAAGAAAUUUCUCCCUCCGUAACCCAGGCAGAACUUACUGUUGGUUCGGACAUUCAGCCGGUUGACCUAGUGGACCCGCCAACGUCCCUGGAAGCAGACGCUUUUCCGGAUGACAUCCACCAACCCAAGCUGGCUGUUGAAGAGCAGUCCGCUUACAGGGAAGAUGACUCCUCCAAAUUUGAUGGCAGAAACAGCACUGAGCUCAUAGACAGGGUCAUGGUAAGAGCUGGAGAAGAGAUUUUGGAUACUGACCUCAAGCAUGAAGAGGAUUGUCAGUCCGAUUUGGCCAGAACGUACGUUUCUGAGGGUCUCAGUUCUCCGACAACAGAAGAGCAAGUUGAACAGUCCUCUAUGGAUGAAACUGUUCUCAUUGUACCUUCUCCCCGUGGCUUUAUUCAGACGCCGGACGAUAUAGACAGCGAAUCGGUCUUGCCUCUAACAACACUAACAGAUCCUAUAUUGCAACACCAUGGAGAGAAUUCCCACAUUAUUGGCUCCUCUUUGGAUAGUCCUGGUUCUGAAGACUCCAAGGAUGUUGAAGAUUUAGUGAGCUGCCACUAAGCAUGUGCCAUGGUCUAGUGUGGCAUGUUCUUGCGUCAUGAAACGGCUGUCUGUAACCCCUGAACCACCUUUCCAAAUGAAGCAUUUCCUGAGAUAUCUCCAGCUUGUGUUCGCUGGCUACAGAAGCGUGUUGAUCUCAUGCUUUAAGAGGGUUAUAGCCGCAGCUGAUCAAAGCCAAGGUUUUUAAUUUUUAGCAGGCAGUGCCUGUCCCUGGCUUAGCUGCUUGGGACUGAAAGCAAAUCUGGCAGUGAGGGAGUUAGAUGUUUUAGGCCUAUAGUGCAGUAAACAAGAGGGUGUCUUCGCAGAGGGAAGCAGUUCUCAAUGUGCAUUGAUUGUCCAGUUUCAGGACAAAAUAGAGUUAUAAUGCAGUGACAACAAAAAGCAAGGAGUAGCAUUUAGAAAAAGUCUAUUUUUCUAAUACUGUUACUUCCAGUGUAAUUCAGUAGUAUAAAAUGCUACUAGAUUCAUACCUUACUUUGGGGGUUGCUGUAAAAUCUAUUGCUGGCAAUGGACGUAGCCCCAGAAUGAAUAGAUGUAAUUUUUCAAUUUCUAUCGCUGUCACUACAACAGCAGGUGUAGGAGAAAGGGAAGCAUGGUAAGUGACCUCGCCCCCCCCCCCCCCCCCCGGCAAUAAAUGUUAAAAAUGUAAAUUCAAACUCAAAAUCCUUCCAACUCUUAUUUCAGAACUAUUACAGAAGGUAAAGCCACCUCCGCAAAUGAAUACAAUGCCGCAAAGCAGGGAGUUGGGGGAAUACAAGGCAGUCUGGACCAUACAUACAUGGAAGGACUGUAAAAGGAAACACUAAGCUGAGCUUAGAGUAUAACUUAGUGGGGAACACGAUUCAAUGCUACAAGGAGAUGUAAAAAAAAAACAACCAACCGCAACAAUAUUUAUUGCUGUAAUUAGCUUCCUCGGAAGUCAGUUUGUCUUCAGUCUGUGGCUUUAUGUGAAAAUGAAGUUGUAGUUAACGAAAUGGUUGGUUGCUUAGGGAGGGAACAGAAAUAACUGUCUUCGAUUUAAUACAAGUGAGAACCUUUUUGUCUUCUGUAACAGUAGAAUGCCUUUUUAUUUAUACUGAAGUACAGACAUUUGCAGUGCUACAGUUUUUUGUACAGUGUAAUAAAAAAAAUGCAAUUUUUUUUUCCCCCAAAAGGAAAAAAGCUUGUGCCAUUCUGAAAAA